AUGUAUGUUGAUGACCUAUUGAUUACUGGCAGUAGUAGUGAGUUGAUAAACAAAACUAAGAAUGACUUGAAGUUGAAAUUCAAGAUGAAGGAUCUAGGUGACUUGAAGUUCUUUCUAGGCAUUGAAUUUGCUAGAUCAAGUGAUGGAAUUGUUAUAAGUCAGUGCAAAUAUGCAUUAGAACUUAUAUUUGAGAUGGGACUAAGUGCAGCUAAACCAGUUCAGGCUCCCUUAGAUGCCAAUCUUAGACUCUCUUCUGUGGGAUAUGAUGAGUUUGUGAGUGAGUCAAAUAACACAACAGCUGACAAACCACUACAGAAUGUUGGGAAGUAUCAAAGACUGGUUGGAAGGUUGUUGUAUCUUAUCAUGACCAGAGUGGAUAUAACCUUUAUUGUUCAAACUUUUAGUCAGUAUAUGCAUGCUCCAAAAGAAUCUCAUAUGGAAGCAGCUUUGAGGGUUGUAAGGUACAUCAGGUCAGCGCCAGGUCUGGGAUUGUUGAUGCCCUCACAAAUUGCAGAUUUCCUAACUGCAUACUGUGACUCUGAUUGGGGAAUAUGCCUGGAAACUAUGAGAUCUGUAACAGGUUACUUAGUGAAAUUUGAAAAUGCUUUGGUGUCCUGGAAGUCCAAGAAACAAGAAACAGUAACCAGAAGCUCUGCAGAGGCUGAGUUUAGAAGCAUGGCUUCAGCAGUAGCAAGAAUUACUUGGUUAAUCAUCCUAUACAAAGAAUUUGGAGUAGAAGUCAAGCUGUGUGUUGAUCUUUAUAUGAUAGUAAAGCUGCAAUGCAAAUUACAGCAAACCUAA